AUGAGCGAAUUCAAUCCACUUAAAAAAAGAUCUGGAAGUGUUUAAUGUAUUGAACCUGAUCUUUUAUUUAAUCUCAAUCUUCAUAAUAGAAGAAAAAGCUGUACAUGUACACUAUGUGGAAAAGAUAGCGAAUUUUAAAUAAGAUUUCAUGAUGUGUAGAUUUUAGAGUUUUCAUAGACAUCUAAUGAAUUAGAUUCAUAAUAAGAAACUAAAAAACUUGAAUAACUAGAUUACAGACUAAAAACUUUAUAAGAAGAUUUUGAGAAAUUUGAAUUAGUGUCCAAAAAAAGAAGAAAAAGUUGUUAUUGUUCUGAUUGUGGUAGUUUAACAUAGUAUGAAUUGAGAAAUUAAAAUAUUCCACUUUUAAAACUAGCCUCUAUAAAUAAAUGUAAAAAUCAAAGAAAAGUCCAUUUAUUAGUAUCGAACAUUAACAUGUGUAAUAAUUAUUUUAUAAUUUAGAGUCUAAAAGUCAAUUUUUUAGAAAUUAUAAAUAAUAUAAUCAUGCAUUAAUGUAUUAAUUAUCUCAUUAAACAUCUAAAACAACAACUAGAUUGCUUAAAUAAUCAAAACUAAAAUUAUCUAAUUUGGAAUCAAAACUUUCUUUGACUCCAAAGUUGAUAAAUUCUCCUAUGAGUGAUUAAUCAUCACCAUAAUAGCAUAAGAUCAUUUCAUUUGAUUAUCCUAUGAAUGGUGCUUAUUUAAAUCCUUAUUUGGGAUCUCCUAGAAAGUUUUUAUCCCCUCCUCGAAAUUUUAUUCCAAAAUUGCCUCCAAUAAAUAAUAAAACUAAAGAUUAAUAAUUACAUUUUAGAAAAUCUUUAAUACGUAAACAGGAUUGA